AUGGCUGAGGCCUCGCUCCCAGAGCUUGGGGGAGAUGCCGAAGCCACGCCUUGCCCCAGCAUCCCGGAGCUGGAGGAGCUCCUGAGGGAGGGGAAGGUCUCCUCCAGCCGUGUGGAUGAAGUCUGGCCCAACCUCUUCAUAGGAGAUGCGGCCACGGCAAAUAACCGCUUUGAGCUUUGGAAGCUGGGCAUCACCCACGUGCUGAACGCUGCCCACGGGGGCCUCUACUGUCAGGGCGGCCCUGACUUCUAUGGCAGCAGUGUGAGCUACCUGGGAGUGCCAGCCCACGACCUCCCCGAUUUCGACAUCAGUGCCUACUUCUCCUCCGCAGCCGACUUCAUCCACUGUGCCCUCAGCACACCUGGGGCCAAGGUCCUGGUGCACUGUGUGGUGGGCGUGAGCCGCUCCGCCACGCUGGUGCUGGCCUACCUCAUGCUGCGCCAUCAGCUGUCCCUGCGGCAGGCGGUGAUCACCGUGAGGCAGCACCGAUGGGUCUUCCCCAACCGAGGCUUCCUUCACCAGCUCUGCCAGCUGGACCAGCAACUGCGGGGUGCAGGCCGGAGCUGA